CCAAUAUGGUGGCCAGCUUGGCAGACCUACGGUUCUUGUUGAUGAUAUUGUUGCUCUGCUGGAGGACCAGGGACGGCGCCUGCACCCAGCAAGACCCGUGGGUUCUGGGGCUGCGACUGGAGGACCCAGAAGGCCAGGUUUAUAUGAAGGAGCGGAUCAUCUCUGCGCCGCAAGGGGCCAGUUUCAAGCUUCGGCUGUUCGGCUGGGAUCUAAAUGGGACCUGGCCGUGGGUGGCGUUCGCUGGGGCAAGACAGGAGGAGACCGGGGCGGUGGAGGAUACAGCCGACCCGUGCGAGCAGGAGACCCGCCGUGACUCCGCCGCCUUCCAGGUCACGGGGGAGUUCACAGCGGACGAGGAGUACAGUGGGUUGAUAACGGUACAGACGCGGGACAAGAGCAGCAGCUCUCCCGCUGCAUCCUCCACGGGAGGAGUGGAUGAUGCCAAACCUACCUACCACCACCUGUGCGUGCUGAAGAGCGGAAGCUGGGUGUCGGUGGGACCGGACAGGCUGCAGAUCAACAACGACACAGGUCUUCUGGCGGACUACAUCCCUCCGUGGGGUCUGGCGGUGCUCAUCGUGUUGCUGAUCCUGGUGUGCGGGGUGCUGAGGAGCGUCAACCUCAGCCUGUUGUGGCUGGACCCCCUGGAACUCUACGUCUUCCACAGCUGCGGCUCCGAGGAGGACAAACGGACCGCCAAGCGCCUCGAGCCAAUCCGGAGACGAGGCAACUGCCUGGUGUGUUCUCUGCUGUUCCUGUGCGCUCUGGGCCACUCGGUUCUCGGUGUGCUGCUCUACAGGGUCCUGGGUUCCAUAGCGCCCGCCGUCUUCACCAGCGGGUUCCUCAUCUUCCUGGUGUCAGAGCUUGUUCCCCACAUAGUGUGUUCCGGCUACGGCUUCCAGCUAGCCCCAGGCUUCACCUGGCUGGCACAGGUGUGUAUGGUGCUGACGUGCCCACUGUCGUGCCCACUGGGCCUGGUGCUGGACCUGGUGUUGAGACGUGACAUCAGCACCUGCGGCGUGAGGGAGAGGGCCAUGGAGAUGAUCCGCACCAACGUCAACGACCCCUACAGUGAGUUUGUGAAGGAAGAGUUUAGCCGUGGUGCGCUGCGCAGGAAGACAGUGGAGGACAUCCUGACUCCGCUGAAGGACUGUUUCAUGCUGCCGUCCACCGCUGUGCUGGACUUCUCCACCAUGUCAGAGAUCAUGCAGAGUGGAUACACACGAGUCCCCAUCUAUGAAGAGGAGAAGUCUAACAUCGUGGAGAUCUUGUUUGUCAAGGACCUGGCUCUGGUCGACCCUGACGACUGUACUCCCAUGACGACCAUCACCAAGUUCUACAAUCACCCUCUGCACUUUGUCUUCAACGACACCAAACUGGACGCUAUGCUGGAAGAGUUCAAGAAAGGAAACUCUGCCCUGGCCAUCGUUCAGAAGGUGAACAACGAGGGGGAGGGCGAUCCCUUCUACGAGGUGCUGGGAUUGGUCACCUUGGAGGACGUCAUCGAGGAGAUCAUCAAAUCAGAGAUCCUGGAUGAGUCAGACGGCUACAUGGACAUGAAGGUGAAGCGUCCGCUGGCCCCUCUGGAGAUCCCUCUGGAGCCUCGCAGCGUCCACGAAGAGUUCUCUCUGUUCAAACUCCCAGAGGGAGAACCCAAGAUCCGCACUUCACCUCAGCUACUGCUGGCCACACACCGCUUCCUGUCCAGAGAGGUAGAGCACUUCAGUCCAGCCCGUGUGUCAGAGAAGGUGUUAUUCCACCUGCUGCGCCACCCCAGUGUCAACCAGGAAGUCCACUUUGACCCCUCCAACCGCCUGAGCCCCGACCAUUACCUCUUCACACGCAACCACCCCGUAGACUACUUCAUACUGCUCCUUCAGGGGCGUGUGGAGGUUGAGAUCGGUAAAGAGGGCUUGAAGUUUGAGAACGGAGCGUUCACAUACUACGGUGUGUCUGCACUCACAGCGCCAACCUCAGUGCACCAGUCUCCAGUUUCGACCCAGCGUCGUCCUCCCAGGGAUCCAUUUGAGAUGGGAGAUGCCACCAGCCCAUCCAGCUACUGUCCUGACUACACCGUCCACGCCCUCACUGACCUGCAGCUCAUACGGGUGACUCGCAUGCAGUACCUGAAUGCUCUGAUGGCGUCGCGUGUUGGCCAGAACCCAGAAUCUCCUGAGAUCAAGAUCCUGCCUAACAGUCAGACCAAGCUUCUCAAUGAGAGGAACACCGCCACGCAAGAGUUCCCUGUAAACUUUUCCUUCUUUGACACCAUUGAGAACUACUGUUAGUGUUUUCUGUGUGCAUGAGGUGGCAGCAAAUCCCAGGAAAGUUCAACGGAAGAGGAGGCUCAUGGGUAAUGAAGUUCUCUCUGUCAGAACUAUGUGUGUUACUCAGACAACCAACCAGGAGGCUUUUUUUGUUUUCUUUAGAUAUAUUUUUAUCAGUGAAUCCCUUAUGCAGUGAUUGGACGUGGCUGGAAUGAGCGUGUGUGUGCGCACAUGUGUGUGGCUACUGCACUAUCCUCAGCUGUAUUCCUCAUUCAUUAUACGUUUCGCAUCAAUGCCAAUUGUGUGUGUGUCUACGCGGUGUGUGUGUACACGGUGUGUGUGCCUCUCCUCCCUGUUGUAAUUCAGCCUCCUUUGUCUAAACGUUACAUUGCCUGUUCCUUCAUUAUUAGCCUAUCUGUGUGCCAAAGCAAAUCACUUCAACCCUGUGUGUGUGCGUGUGUUGUCAAAAUCCGUCCAUCCAAGCAUUAGACAGAGGGUGGUCAAAAAAAGCCAAUUUGCACAGAAAUGUGUACACCGCUCUUGGUGAUUUGCUUUAGUUGUUUGAUUAUACGUCCAAAUUUUAUUUUAUACACUCCCACAUAGCAGUUACAUACAUAUUUGUAUGUAGAGCCAAAUAUUUGUAGUUUUCGUGUUGUUUUUCUAGGCCUAAUGGAGGGCCUGUAUACAGUAUAUAAGGAGACCUAUGGGAAGAUUGGAACUUAAAGGGCUAGAUCACCCAACAGUAAAGAGAUAAAUAUGUAUUUGAAAAUGUUCGCACUAUCCCUUUAAGAGAGCUUAUGCAACGCUUGUGUCCGUUCCUUUGCACAGUCAGACAUUUAGCUGUAGGUCUGAGUUGUGAUGAGAGAGAGAGGUGAGUGUCUGUGUGUCUCCUCUCCCAUUUGACUUCUCUCGCGGCGUGCCAACCCUGACCCAGUCUGCUUUCAUGCAUUCCUUUUGUUUGGCCAAGUUGCCAAAGAGUAUCAGAAUCCCUUUAUUCACCAAGUACAUUUACACAUACCCAGAAUUUGCUUUGGUGAGAAGGUGCUGCUAGAAAUAGACAAUAUACAGACAGAAGUCCAGAUAGACACCAUACAGAAUAGACAAUAUACAGACACAAGUCCACGUAGACACCAUACAGAGUAGACUGCGUGUGUCACAUCUAAAGCACCUUGUUGAUUUUCUCAUCCUUGAUAGCCGAGUAGGUUGAGUACCAUUUAACAUUCCACAUCACGUGUUUGUGUGUGUGCGCGCUCCUGUGUGGCUGGCCGUGUGUGUGACUCUUGGCGCCUGUCAGUCAGUAUUCAGUCUUACAGACUCUUUCAGGAAACUCCAUUUCCCAUGUUGCAGUGUAACUACCCAUGUGUUGCAGUGUAACUACCCAUGUGUGCAGGGAAUACAUAUGUUACCCACUGUCCUGUGGAGACAGGAAACCCCUAGAUAAAGGCCUGGUCCAUAAUCAACCCCUUGGUCCUUCCCCUAACACCUUUCCCUGGCUCCUAGUCAUCUACCCUUUGCUCCUAGGCCCUAUCCCUUAGUGUAAACAGAUCUGAAGAAAAGGUGAUGGCACCACCUAGACUUUAUGUCAGGCCUAGGGGACCUUCUGCCAUGCUGUGUACACCUAUCUCAUUCCUUCAGAUCUGCAAACAGGGGUUUGGAGUGAGUGGGGUUAGGAGUCUUUGGAGUGGGGAUUGGGGCUAGGAGUCUUUGGCGUGGACCAGAGACUCCACCAGGGUCAUAUUCAUUAGUGCACACCAUAGCAAAAUGUUUUGCAACGGAAAACAAAAACAAACAAUUCUUAUUGGA